AUGAGCUCCAAUAAACAGACAGAAGUCCUUCAGAUUGGGAUGAAAAUAACGUGUUAUUGGCCUGACGAUGAUCAGUGGUAUAAGGGAACUGUGGCGGAGAAAAUAGACGAUGAUCGAUUCAAGAUAUCGUAUGAUGAUGGCGAUGAAGGAGAAAUAAGCGCCAAGGAGGACAAGUGGCGACGAUCAUUACAUAACUACAUCAAGGAGAACACACAAAAGGAUGAGAAAAAACAAGCACUUAUUGAUAGACUUGAAAUGGGAUCAAGAAUUUCUGUUUAUUUCCCGCAUGAGAAAGAAUAUUAUGCUGGGUCCCUAGCAAAGAAAAGGAAGGUAUCUGCACAAAAGGGUCGUCAUCGUAUCAAAUAUGACGACGGAGAUACAGAAUGGACUGAUCUUCUUUUUCGCAAAUUCAAACGAAUUGCAAAAAAGUCUGAGCAGUUGGAGGUUGGAUCGCGUGUGGCCGUCUAUGAUGAGGAGCGAAAUAAGAAUUAUCAUGCAACUGUAGUUCAGAUCAAGCCAGAAAAAGCGAGACCGCAUAAAGUCAAGUAUGACAAGGAAAGUAGAGGGAAAGAGUGGCUUAAUUUACACGUUCAUCCAUUUUUGGAUGUUGUGGUGGAAUGUCGCGAUGAAAAGAAGCGUAAAGGAGAUUCUUUGGAUGGUGAUCGCCCUAUCAAAAGCAAGCGUCGUGACAAUACCCAAGUGGAGCAAGAAAUGCAGCAAGACAAUGAAGCGGAACAAGAAUCUAUCCCUCAAGAGGCUGGCGCACAUUCCACUUCCCAUGUGCAGCGAGAAACUCAGCAACACAAUGAAACGGAACAAGUUACUGUCCCUGCUAGUGAGGAGCAUUGCGCACUUUGCAAAACUCGCGCUGAUGUACCCUAUGCAACGUCUUGUCACCAUAUUUUCUGUGAACAAUGCAUUGCUGAUCAUAUUCAUGGUCAUGGAAAGUGCCCCUUCUGCAAGAUUCCCAUCAAGUUGGCACCUGCACCAUUUUCUCCAGAGCACGAUUCAUUCAGGGCUAUUGAAGCAUUAUCAAGGACGACAGCAGAAGUCGAAUUGGAAUUUUCAUCAGCUUCAGCGGCUUCAAUAAAAGUGCCUGGUUUCAAGGCUGCUCGCAUUAUCGAAGCUUGUCAAUCCAAACGAAGGGACGAUCGCGAGCACAGGGGCUACUUCUGGCGAUUCAAAGGAUCCAAAGACCGAAUAUUACGUGUUGGAGAAGGGGUCAAGGAAGGAGUUCCAAUAGAGCAAGUCGAUCUUGAGACUGGUGAAAUUAUCAAGACUUUUUCUUCUGGCAGAAAAGCGCAUCAAGCAACGGGCAUCAGUCGGGUUGUAAUAAAGCGAGUUUUGGAGAGACGCGGUAAGGCAAAUGGUGGUGGCUUUUUUUGGAGAUACCAAGGAGAGACACAUGUGCCAUGGCCGGAUCCGAAACGAACAAAUUUAAAUCCAGUGGAACAGCUGGACCCCGAGAGUGGGGAGGUGUUGGCUUCUUUUGAAUCACUUGCGGAAGCAAAACGAGCAAUGGGUAUGGCUCCGAACAGGGGAUGCAUUCGAGAUGUCUGUAAUGGCGUCGGGAGAGGAACCGCCAACGGAUUCUUUUGGAGAUGGAAAGGGUCUGACUCUGUGCCGAAUCACUUAUUUGGUGCAAUCAAGGUGUUGGAGAUUAGGAAGAAACGAAAUAGCAAUGUCGCGAAUGUUUUCAAGAAUUCGAAAGAAGCCCAAGCCUUCUUCGGGCAUCAAUGCUCCUGGGUUACCAUUUGCCUCUACUGCCGGGAAGAGGGUUUCUAUUUGGGGUACCAUUGGCGAUACCGUGUGAUGAGUCAGCCUUGUUUAAGCUCAAGCGAAGAAGUGGUUGGAAAGCGACUCCGAAUCAAGCAAGGGGAUGGCAAUUGGCUUGAAGGCAACAUCAAAAGCUUCUGCAUUGAUUCUGGCGAACACGAAAUUGCGUUUGAUUAUGGGAAGACUGAACGGCAUCGCCUUGAGCAUCUAGAGUAUGAAUGGAAGAACGACCAAGGGCAGAAACCCAUAGAGCAACUCGAUUUGCAAACGGGGCAAAUUCUGAACACCUUUGACUCCAUUUCCGAUGCCGCAAGAAGUAUUGAGAAUGGCGUAGGAAACCGAAUAACUACAGCCUGUAAAGGCCGAUAUCGCUCAGCACAUGGAUAUUUUUGGCGAUACAAAGGGUCAACAGCACUGCCAAGAAAGAAAAAAGGCCGUCGCAAGAUUGAUCAGCUCUGUUUGAAGACUGGCCGAGUGAUUGCCACAUUUGAUACUAUUACGGCUGCUGGCAAAGCCGUUGGGAUUACGACUCCAGGAAUCAGUUAUUGUUGCAAUGGUCGAAACGGUAGUACGUCUGCGGCGGGGUUUGGUUGGAGAUUCUCAAAAGAAGAUGGAGAGCAAGGAUAA